AUGCCCUCCUCUUCAGCCCCACCCUUCCUCUACCUGAGCCUCCUCCUCUUCCUGUCACACCACCACCCUGUUCUCUCCUGUCAGACGGGGAGCCGCAGCGAAUGUGAGUCCGCCCCCUUUGUACCGGGCCACAACUUGGUGGGGGAGGGCUUUGAUGUGGUCACCCUGCAGCGUAAAGGAGCCUACGUGUUUGACAUGAACACCUACCUCAACCCAGAUGGCACCUGCAAACUCUGCCCUAACCCUCUUCAGGGCGGCAAGCUGCAGAAAGUGCCACUCUCUGCCUCGAGCUGGAGUGUGUUCAACCAGUGCAAUACUGAAAUCUUAAGCAGUGCACACACCUCUGUUAGCUCAUUGAUGGACACUUACACCGCCCUGGUCAGUAGUGACUGGCAGGUUGGUUUGGAUAUAGAUGAGUUUGUCACCGACAACCUGGUGGGAGGAACGCGCUCCCGUGUGUUUAACUUUACACAAGAAAGGACCAGAGAGGACCGCUACUUCUUCAGCACUCACAGGGUCAGCUGCAGCCAUUAUCGUCACCGUGUGGCAGGCAUUACACACCUCAGCCCAGAGUUCAGGCAGGAUUUGUCCAGACUGCCACUUCGCUACAACUCCAUCACCAGGCCUCAGUACAGGGAGCUCAUAAAUACCUAUGGCACACACUACAUCCGCCAGGGUUACCUUGGGGGGCGACUCAGGCGAAUCACAGCUAUACGUACCUGUUUGUCCACACUGAAUGAGCUUUCCCCAAAUGAGGUCUAUUCCUGCUUAUCACUGGGUGUCUCUGUAGGCCUGGGAAUGACAUCUGAUAACGAACAGUCUUGCAGUAAAGUCCUACAGAACCAGGGCAUCUCCACCGCAAACAACUCAGAUCUAUACCAACACAACACAGUGUUGGCAGGAGGCACUGGUUGGUCGGGGCAGUUUUCACUCACUCACAAUGACUCACUGGGUUAUGUGAAUUGGCUGAACACCCUUAAGGACCAUCCAGAUAUUGUCUCAUACUCCCUUAGACCAAUGUAUGAUCUGAUCCAGAAUGAUACGCAGAAGGCAGAGAUGAAAACUGCCAUAGAGGAGUACUUAAAAGAAAAUGCUGUGACGAUCUUAAACAAAGAACCAGACUGUGGGAGCCAAAAUCCCAACCUGGCUUCCAACUGCUGUCCAAAAAAGGCUGAGAUCGGAAACCUGACUGUGACUAUCAUCAGAGCCUGGGAUCUCAAAGGAGAUUUCCUCGGCAAGACUGACAGCUUUGCUACGAUGUGGUACGGCAGCACAAAGCACAAGACUCGUGUGAUUAAAUCAAACAACCCUGAGUGGAACGAAAGUUUUGAUCUGGGCACGGUGGGCACACACUUGGAUUUGAAAGUCGAGGUCUGGGACAGGGACAUUGGAAAAGAUGACAGACUGGGAUCAUGUUCGUUGUCCCUGAACCCGGGGACACACAAACCCUCCUGUCCAGCCAAGAAUGGUGGUUUUGAGUUUCAGUAUACUCUGACCUGCGACCCUUAUUUGACUGGGCAGGGCUGCAGAAAUUACCUGCCAACUCCAUAGGGAGGAAAUGCAUUUUGGUACAAGACCAUUCACAAAAGCUGCUCGCUUUUCUUUAAAAUCCAACUAAAAUCACAUCUAGUCAUCCAUUUUUGUAGUCCACAUUAAUGUCAACAUGUGUUUUAAAAUUGAUUGUAGUUUUUAUUAUUUAAAGGAAGAAAAAGGGUUGUUGGCGAAGUAUCAGCAAUGCAGCUUUUCGUCUCAGUUGGCUGGAGGAGCGCAUCCAUGUGUGGGAAUUUUUUGAAAGCUCAGAGUUCACAAAUUGUGACAUUUGCAUACAGUUUCAGAAAUGGCAGAAGCCACGGAUAUUUAUUUAUUUAUGUCUGAGGAAAAUACUUCCCAUGGCCUCAUCUUUCAUGCAUUUGUAUUUCCUGCAUUUUAUAAGCCAUCACCAUGCUGUCUAAUUUGUUAACCUUGAUGGCUUCUAGAUGCCGACAGCAACGUCCAUGUUGGCGUUGCCUAACAGCGGUGGUCUCGAGACUUAAUCACUUGAAUAACAAGCAUAUUGUGUAAACGACUUCAAAUGUUGUCCCGCAACCUCAAAAGUUUUAUUUGAAGGCAGCAUGAUAAGCGGCAGCUGCGGGACGCAUCAAUAGACAUCAAUGCUACAUGUAGUAUUGAUGUCUAUGCAAAACCAGUCAUGGUUACGGAUGAGUCUUCCUCCUCCUCCUGGCAGCACCGCUCGCCUAACCCAAACGGAACAUUUCCAGAAAGCGAGAACACGUCUGACAAGGACAACCUCCUGCUAAAUGCAAAAGGACAACACUGGAUUCCAUCCUAGCAGAUGAUAGACCACUGACGUAACUGCUUUAUGCUAGAUUGAAUUGGCUGUAUCAAAAUAAGGUCUCCAUUUACAUGCAUGGACACUGGAACGGUCGUCAGUAGAACUAAUGCAGAGUCAGGGGGCACCAUCAUGAAACCAACACAGAAUAUGAAUUUAUCUCUUUUGUUUUUGGAUUUUGUUCAUGACAGGACAAGCGAUUUGCAGAGCAGAUGUAUGUUGUAGCAAAAACCAGUGAUUUAAUUUCAGUUGGAUUUUAAU